CAUUCGCUCACAUCCCAAGAAAAAUAUGGGCGACCUUCACUCCAUUCCAUCUUCCCUCUCUUACUCUAUGGACAUGAACAACGCUGCUCCUUUCCAUGAUUUGCAUUCAGAUGAUCUGUCAUCAGGUUAUCUUGAAGACGCUCUGCUUGAAUUCAGUAGUUCCAAACGCCGGCGGUUGCUUCUCUUCAAUGAUGAUCAUCAUAACCAAACCUCAUUUCCUGGCUACUGGAAUUCCAUCUCUCCUCAAGACUUGGAUAACUCUUACGAGAGCUUCUGCAAGUUGUAUGCAGAUAACAAUGCAGCAGUCAUGAAUGGAGAAGACAGAAGGAAGCGAGUAGAGGAGACGCAUUCAACAUCAUCUUCAGAAAGCAACAAAAGCAGCAUCCAUACUCACUGCUUCUCUCCUAAGAAGCAAAUGCUGCUUUCUUCACACCAUUCUCUUGGAGGAAGAAAUGAAGAGAGAAAGAAGAAGGUUGUAACAAGAGUGGUGUAUCCCUUUGCAUUGGUGAAGCCGGGUGGAAUUAAGGGGGAUAUUACAUUGAACGACAUCAACCGAAGAAUCCUAAUGCCCCCGACGAGACCCUUGAAGCAUCCAGUGGGGGACUUUGCAUGUCGGCCAUUGGUUUCGCCGGACGGAUUCGGCCUCUCCGGCAAGGCGGUCGUGGCUCUCACCAGAAUUCAUACACAAGGGAGAGGCACAAUCACUAUUAUUAAGACUAAAAAUUAA